UAGCUUUUACAGGCCUGAAUAAAACAAAGACGGUUGCCAUCUCUGUCAGUUUGACUGCUGUGGUCAUAGCCAUGGUCAUUGUCGGAAUCAUCGGGAUCUCCAGACGAAAGAAAUCCAGGGAACGUCCAGCGAAUGACCGGGCAGAUCAAGAAAUGACGACGCCAGGGUCACGCAAUCCUAUUUCUCAAGAUGACGACACGAUUUACUACGAAACGACGUUCUCUAACAUCUAUAGUUCGGUAGAUAAAGGUACCUACCCUCCUCAAGACACCCAUCAGCUUAUGAAGACUGAAGAUUCGAAUGGAAGACACAAAGACAAAACACUUGACAAUGCCACUAUCAACAACGGAAUUGGUACCGAUGGAGCUGCUGCGUCUGGAACAGGAGGCCAUGAAACAGAUGGAAUGAUCGAUAACAUCCUCUAUCAGCCGAUGGAUAGAAUCACUUCUGUUUAAUGAAAAAUCAUUUACCUUUCAUUUCAGUUAUUGUAUAACGUUUGAUAUAAAUGUAUUUGUUUUAUAUUGUUACAAUUUGUAAAGAUGAACUGAAUGGAUUCACGAAAUAUUGUGCUGAAAGAAAAUAAAAGUACGAGGAACGUUUCUUAGAAAUUAACAUGUGAUAUAGAUGUUCAACUAAUUAAAAUACUACUCCUCUGGUAAACAAAAUAAAAAAAUCCCAGACAAAACUAAAAAUAAUAAACACUUAAGAAAAAACAACGACUCACCUGCACAAUUAAAGGCGUGUAACCAAUACAUUCCCACUCACCAAAAGCCGUAUACACAUCACACACACCCGCGCACCCACUCACAGAAUUACAGAGAUAAUUAUUCUCACCCCUUUCUCUCUGUUCUUCUCUAUCAAUCUCACUCAAACGCCCUACACACACACCGAUACACAAACGCACAUGCACGCACUCAUACCUCUCCCCCUCUCUGUCUUCAUUCCCACCUCUCUUCCUCUCUCACUGCCCUGGUGGGUGUUUCAUAAGGCUGUUCGUAAGUUAAGAGCGACUCUAAGAACGACUGGUGAUCCUUUCUUGUUGCAAAUGUUAGCUUAAUUGGCGAUAGUUUAGCGCGUAAGAAAGGAUCACCAGUCGUUCUUAAAGUCGCUUUUAACUUACCAACAGCUUUAUGAAACGGCACCCCGCUCUCUUUCCACUCUGUCUCACACACACUGUCCACUUUCUCUCUCUCUCGAUUUACCUCUCUUACUUUAUUAUUUCUACUUCUCACUCUAUGCCAUAUUCACUCUUCCGCUCGCGUAACAUAGAAGCAAGUUCCCUGAGAAAAUCCACAGUCAUCUCAGAAAAAUGUUGAUUUGAAUCAAUAGAGAAAAAUCAGACAAUAUUUCAAUUUUUACAAAUUUGAGGAUUAGGAUCUCCUUGCCUGAAGCACAAAAUGUUAAAAUAAUGGAAUUCCACAAUGACGAGGAUAUAAAAAUAUUCCAUAUCUCAUAUAAUAAAAUACAGAAGAAAUAGUGAGAGAGUGAUGCCAUCAGUUCCUCAUUUGCAUACCGACCGAGA